AUGACGCCCCUAUGGAUUCCCUUCAUGUUCUUACUCCUCUUCAUUGUUCAUCUAAGAAGAAGGGGAAGGGCGUUGAAUCCUCACCGGAGACUUCCUCCGGGCCCACCACCACUCCCCUUCAUCGGUAACCUCCAUCAGCUCCUCGGCGACCUCCCUCACAUCACCCUCCGCAAACUCUCACACAAGUACGGUCCGCUCAUCCACCUCAAACUAGGCCAAGUCCCGACCAUCAUCGCCUCCUCGCCGGAAACUGCCGCUGAGAUCCUUAAGGCACAGGAUGUCGUCUUCUGCAGCCGCCCGUUCUUCGCCACCACCGACCGCUUCUCCUACGGCGGCCUCGACAUCGCCUUCUCCCCUUAUAAUGAUCACUGGCGGCGAAUCAGAAGGUUUGUCAACGCCGAGAUCUUCAGCCCUGCGAGAGUACAGGACUUCAAAGCCGUUCGUGAAGAAGAGGUCGGAGCUCUGCUGAAAACCAUAUCCAUGGUUUCAGCGGGCGGCAAUGGCUUCAACUUGAGCACGAUGAUGCUCUGCCUGUUCAACAACUUGAUAUACAGAAAGGUGUUUGGUAAGCGGAUAUCGGCCGUCCCCGGCGACUGCGGCAGGAGUCAGCACCAUGAGAUGAUCAUGGAGGUAGUCGCCUUCACUUCGGAGAUAUGCGUGGGCGAUUUUUUCCCUUCAUUGGCUUGGUUAGAUGGGCUAACGAGCUGGCGUGGAAGGUUAGAGAAGGCAUUUCGGGCCAUGGAUCGGGUCUUUGAACAGGAGAUAGAGGAAGGGAUGAAGAGAAGAAGAGGCCGAGAGGAGGAGAAGAGUAGUAUGGGAGAAGACAUUAAUGCAGAUAGCUGUUUGCUUGAUAUCCUUCUUAAAUGUCAAGAGGAAAUGGAUUCUUCUUUAGGGUUUCUUCUCACAAGAGAUAUGAUCAAAGCUGUUCUCAUGGACAUGUUCUUAGCAGGUACUAAUCCUGCCGCAAUCACCUUGGAGUGGGCUAUGGCUGAACUGAUUAAGAAUCCUAAAUCCAUGCGCAAGGCACAAGAAGAGGUGCGUCGAGUAGCCAAAGAUAAGGGAAAGGUUGAAGACGCCGACCUUCAGUACCUCCCUUAUCUGCACAAUGUUGUUAAAGAGACCCUUCGUCUUCAUCCUCCUGGCCCAUUACUUCUCCCCCAUGAAUGCAUCAUAGACACAAAGAUUAAUGGCUACGAUAUUCUGACAAAGACGAGGGUCUUUAUAAAUGCUUGGGCCAUUGGAAGGGACGCAAAGGUUUGGAGUGAAGAGCCGGAGGCUUUUCGACCAGAGAGAUUUGAGAAGAUGAGGGACGGUGUUGAUUUCAAGGGGCACCAUUUUGAGUUCAUACCAUUUGGUGCAGGGAGACGAAUUUGUCCUGGUAUGAUGCUUGGUGUGGUAGCCGUUGAGCUUGCGCUUGCUAAUGUUUUGAAUGGAUUUGAUUGGGAAUUGCCGUGUGGGAUGAGGUGUGAAGAGAUGGACUUGAGUGAGGGGUUCAGGAUGGUGAGUCACAAGAAGGUGCCUCUUACUGUGGUAGCUAUUCCAGCCGCUGGUUUUACUUGA